UGUUGUGAGCAUUGUGAAGAAGAGAAAAAAAAAGACUUCUGUGCUGGUUGAGCUGUGAAAGCCUGCAUUUGCCUUCCUGUGGCCCGGGCUUGAGAACCUCUUUCUGAUUGCAGCUUGUCCAUGUGACUUGGUUUCCGUUGACUGCUUGCUUCCGUGAAUAGUAUAGAAAAGGCAUCAGUGCUUCAGUCAGAACAGAGGAAGGCAGCUGAACUUCGCACAUGAGAACGCAUUUAACAGCGAGUCAACCAGCGAUAUGGUCAGGGGAUCAACCGUCAGUGGCUUGGGAAAUCCACACCUAACCACCAGUUGAGGAUGCCAGUCCACGGAAUCACUCCAAUCCUGUUUUGCUUAUUACACAUGUGGAGAAUCCUCUCAAGUCAUCCACAACACAACUUGUGCCCGAUGAUACAAAGAACAGCUCUGUGCAACAAUUGCAAACUCUCAUCUGUACCUGCAGGACUGCCAGACAACAUAGAGGAGCUUCAGCUCAACUACAAUCACAUUCAAACACUACAGGACAAUUCUCUUUUCCAAUACCUCUUAUUAAGUACCCUGAGCCUAGCCUGUAACAGCAUUGAGAAAAUAGAAUCAAACACUUUUAAAGACUCAAAAUUAUUAGAAAGCCUAAAUUUAGCAAAUAACAAUCUUCAUAUUGGCUACCAAGAAACUAGCCAUGCGUUAAAGAAGCUACCAGGGCUUAGAUCUUUAGAUCUCUCUGAAAAUAAGCUUGAUGACGAAAUGGCUGCCACUCUCCUCCAAAAUCUAACAUCCCUGGAGUACCUCAAUCUCUCUGGAAAUCUCUUGCGGAGGCUGGAUGAGACCUCAUUCAGUGAUCUCUACCAGCUCAAAGAACUUGACCUGCAGAGGAACAUCCUGUUUGAGCUUGAUGGUGCCUUCAACAGCAAUCCCAAGCUCCAGCGGCUCAACUUGGCCUUCAACGAUCUGCCUUGCCUUACUGAUUUCCACAUGACACAGCUGGUGGUCCUCAAUGCCAGUCACAACUUCAUUGAGUGGUUCAUUUCUAGACAAGACCUCAAUGACACUUUCCAGCUAGAGACGCUUGAUCUGUCAGAUAACAAACUACUCUUCUUCCCUUUCUUGCCCAGCCAGAGUCAAUUGCGGAACCUUUACCUAUCCCACAACAGCGUGAAUUUUUAUGAACACCUGGCCACAUCCCCAAACUCGACCUCAACUGUUGAGUUCUACAACCUGAAGAGGUAUAUGAGAAACGUAACGGCUCAGUUAUGGAAUGACAGUCUUCACGGUGACAUCUCCUCUCUAGAGAUUUUAGACCUAAGUGUAAACCAGUUGCAGUAUUUCCCUCAAGGAUUCAUCCACAGAAUGCCUACCCUGUCCAGACUUCGAAUGUACAUGAACUGUCUGGAAACCUUGAAUCUAACUUCAGAGCAUUUCUCUGGCAGCUUGUAUGAGUUGGAUGUCAGCAACAACAGGCUGAACCAGAUUGUAGCAGAUGAAGGUACACUGACCACUCUUGGCAAUCUGACUUACCUUAACCUUAGCCUGAAUAAUCUUGACCGGUUAUCCUCGGGAUUAUUUUCCUCAUUGCCAAGCCUCAGAUCAGUGGAUCUCAGUUAUAACAAUAUUGACAUUUGCCUCCCUGAGGAAGCUGAGACUGGUACAGACGAUAUCUCAGCCUGUGUGGAUUGGACAAAUGUUGUAUCCCUAAGGCAGCUUUACCUUAAGGGAUGUAACCUUGAAAGGGUUCCACUGUCUGCGUUUGCUGGGUUGUUGCUAACACACUUGGAACUGUCCGAUAACCCUGGACUCAUUGUCCAACAAUCAAGACAAAGUCUUAGCAGAACGUUACAGCAUUUAGGUUUAGGAAACACACAAAUACAAGACUUUGACUUCUCUGAUUUCCAAAGUUUGAAGUCUUUAAACAUUUCGGGGAACUCUCUUGCCCAGCUUCCCCCUUCACUCCUAAAUCUCGAUCUAAAACUGCUCGAUUUGAGGGACAACAAACUGUCCACUAUUCCCUCAGGCCAGGCUAAUACAUUAGCCCCAAAACUUCAGACUGUUUUCCUCACAGGAAAUCUGUUCAACUGCUGCCAAACAGAAUGGUUCAGGACAUUUCAAACAACAAAGACUAUCAAUAUGGUUGGACAGUCAGACAUUGAAUGUGAGGAUCUCUUCCAAACACACAGAGUGGAGAAUUCCCAGUCAUUUAUGUGUUACGAUAAGGGCGAAGAAUCUAUAUUCUGGUACAUUCUCCUUUUUGUGCCUAUCUGUCUUUCUUUUGUGGGCAUUUCAAUCAUUUUUCUCCUCACCUUCAAACCCGAAAUGUUACAAAAAUCAAUCAAAAAGAAAUGUUUGAAGCCUACAUCGUACUGAUACUUUAUAAACCUUACACAAAACAACACAGUAGACCAUAUUUUGUAUAGUAUAUUAUUGAGAUAUGUAACAGAAUGUAUGUUUGAAAUAAAGGAGCAAUUCUGCAAGAAUUAUUAACAAUUUUUUCUCAUAGCUAUACUUUGUACAUUAAAGUGUGGUUCAAAAUCAGACCAUAUUCCUGGUACUCUGAUGUAAAAAUGUGGCUGAG